AUGGUGGAGUUGAGGAAGGUCCCUGAGAGAGAGUUAAUGGGGAGCAUUUUGAGGAGGGAGAGCACCGAAGCUUCUCUGCCGGUUCAUGUGAACAUUGGGAAGCUGGUGAGGACUGAAGAUGGACGGUACAUGGACACUGAGGACACAGAUCACGCUGCCAGGAGAAGACAGAUCGCCAACGCUAAAGAACGACUCCGGGUCCGGAGUCUGAACAGCAUGUUCUCCUACCUGAGACGAAUUGUACCUGUGAUGCCCCGGGACCGCAAACCCAGCAAGGUGGACAUGCUGAGGGCCGCGACCGAGUACAUCCGCCUGCUGUCCUCUGUACUCAGAGAUGAUACGGCUAACAACAGUGGAGGCGCAGAUAUGCUCCUGGAGAACGUGAGCCCAUAUUCACUUCCCGACAGUGGAUGCACCGACCUGUGGAGUGUGGAUGACGUGCUGGACUCGUUGUCUGGUCCGUCUCCGAGUGGAGGAAGUGCGAGCGCUCCAGUCGUUACCACAGCGGGUGUGGACGAGAUUGAUCUGAACUGCAUGGCCGUGCAGUGUACGGUUCCACUUUACAUCAUCCAGGUCGGCUGUGAUCACACUCUGGUUUACCAGACGAGAUAAAGACAUGAUUGCACAAGGAGACCAUCAAAAUAUGA